UGUCACCCAGCCCUUCCCUGAGAGCCAUCACACAUUCUUUGGUUUGCCGACUCCUCGGACGCACCUCAGCCAACACAGCCAUGUCUGACUUCUCGGAAGAUCAAAUUAUUGAGUUUAAGGAGGCAUUCCUGCUGUUCGACAGGACAGGAGAUGGCAAGAUUAGCUUCAGCCAGUGCGGGGAUGUCAUGCGGGCCCUGGGACAGAACCCUGUCAAUGCUGAGGUGCUCAAGGUCCUGGGCAACCCCAAGUCUGAGGAGAUGAACUGCAAGAUGCUAGACUUUGAGCAGUUCCUGCCAAUGUUCCAGGCCAUCGCUAAGAAUAAAGAUCAGGGCUCCAUGGAGGAUUUUGUGGAGGGACUGCGUGUCUUUGACAAGGAGGGCAACGGCACAGUAAUGGGAGCAGAGCUUCGUCACGUCCUCACCACGCUAGGUGAGAAAAUGUCAGAAGAGGAAGUUGAGACGCUCUUGGCGGGACACGAAGAUGCAAAUGGCUGCAUCAAUUACGAAGCAUUUGUCCGCCACAUCAUGUCAGGCUGAAGGCCGAACUGGUCAGGAUGGUCAUGAACGGGUGAAGACGAAGAGCAACCAACUUUUUCUACCCUGUCAUAUGUACCCUAUUUGUUCCAGUUUGCUUCUACAACACCUGCCCCCCCAACCUUUUCCAUGGAUUGGUUUUUUCACAUUCAUUUGAUUUAAGAAGUGCCUUUACAUUCCCUACAAAGACCACAAAUGGCCCUGGCUGUUGCUGCCAGGUCCAUUCACAUAUGUGACCAACUUAUAUGCAUUGAGUCUUAAUGCUUGCAUUGUUUGCAAUAACAUUCCAAGAUGCAGCACUUAAGACAACUUAAAUUGAUAAUGAUAUACUGUAAAUAUUGAUACUAGUGUGUCAAUGUUGUAUGGGACAUUAAUAUAUAUACAUAUAUAAAUAAUAACAUGUGUGGUAUACAGCUCUCAGCAACCAACUGUAUCAUUGGCUAAGAAAUUCUUUGGCUGAGGAAAUGUGUUCCUCCAACCCUGCGGUAAACCGGUAUAUUCAAAACCAGACUAUCAUGAAGUAAAAAGAACCAUUUCAAAUGGGUUCCCAUGUUUUUAAUUCACCCAAAUUUUGUUGCUGCAUUUAAAUAAAUGUUUUUCCUGAAAACUCA